GCUGUGUUAACUGGAAACCGUUUCCAGGGCAACGAGGUUAGACGUUUCAAACAGUGCUGCUCCGUACCGUUUCUUGCUUUUGUUCCACAAUGUCCGUGCAAUCCCAAAAAAAUCUCUCAGUUACAAUGAGUAACGAUCUUCAAUCUACAUCAACUGACAUAAAUGGCCAGAUCUCCCAGAUCCCAGGACUUUCCCCUAUCAGCUCUGUAGCUGAAGAGAAGGUCCGAGGGCGGAGGGCCGGAGUCCGAGACAGUGACUCUGACUAUAUCAAGCUUGCAAAACAAGGAGGGCAUAAGGGGCUUUUGUGGCACGAGGCAACACUUACUUCUAAAUGUGAUUCCUACAAACCUCUGGAUUCCUUCCUCACUGCAUCAGAAGGGGACGGCUUUCCAAGUAUAAUUAACAGUGAAGAGAUGAAAAACCCUAGAGCCUUUCAUUCAGCAGAGCCCCCCUUUGAGACCGACAAUAUGUCCGCCUGGGAGAGGGAUGAUAGCAGCAGCUAUGGAAAAGAGAAGCAGAACAACAAUGUUCAUUACAACCAGAUGGAGAAGUUGCAGGCACCCAAUCAUUAUCACGAGAGGAGCAAAUUCAAGAGGAUAAUGUAUGACAAAAACCCAGCUCCUGUGGACAUGUCUAAGCUGUUGAGCUUUGGUUACGCAGAAGACAAGAAACCAGCCGCCAACACUGAUUUGUCAGAUUGAAAGACUGCCAGUGCCGUGGAAGGAAGGAUAUAACAUUGAAUGCUUCUAACAAGAACAGUUGCCAUUCCCUGCUCCUUUUCUUAAUUUCUUUACCGCUUCAUACUGAGCCACAUCAAAUGUUUUACUAACUUGCAAUUGUUCUGUGAUGUUAGAGGUUUAACUCAUGUGUGAAAGUGCUUCGUUGAAUCAAAGCCAAGACUUUGAAAUGUUUUGUGCUUGUUAGUGGUGCCUAAAGUAACUGCAUUCCUUAAGUUAAAAUGGCACUAGUAACUCUUGUGUUUGUUUUUUGCUGUGUUUAAAAAUAUGUAAGAGGCAGCUUUAAGAAAUUAAAGUUUGAUAAUAUAA